UUGGGAGGGGAAAUUAUUAUAUUGUGGAUCUUGCUAAAUUCCAAUUGCUGGUUACAAAAAUUUCGUUGAUAUCCUUGGUGUUAGGGUUUAUUUUGUCUCAAUCUCUCACCCUUAGCCCAUCCCCUAUUUAACUCUUUUCUCCAUUCAUUCCACAUCACAUCUAUCACCUAUCUUAAAUGUUACCACUACCAUGGCUGCUGAGCUUGGCCCUCUCUCCCUGACCCAACUCCACCAGCAAAAAAUAGCUCAAACCCAACAAAAUCUCCAUCAUCAACAACAAAACUCAUCAUCAAUGUGGAACCCUAAGCAAACUCAAGAAGAUGAUGACUCUUGGGAGGUCAGAGCCUUUGAAGAGGACACUGGUAACGUAAUGGGUACCACUUGGCCGCCGCGCUCUUACACUUGCACCUUUUGUAGAAGGGAAUUCCGGUCAGCUCAAGCACUAGGUGGUCACAUGAAUGUGCACCGCCGUGACCGCGCUAGGCUCCACCAAACAGUACAACCACCAGGUUCAAUCAACCCCAAUUCAUCAUCGACUUCCACUUCUUCCUCAACUUUCUUAAUCCCAGCUCAAGAAUUUUCCACAACAGGUGGUGGGUUAUGCUUGCUAUACCAAUUACCUAACCCUAAUGGGGUUUUCAAUCCCUCAGUUAUGAAUGCAUGUGCUAUUGACUCACCUUCUACUCUUCUCUCUAUCUCACCAUGUCCCCACAACAACUUGAUUGGGCAAUCUCUUAAUUAUCCAGUAGCAACACCAGUGAUAAAUUCUACUCAUUUUUACUCUAGCAAAGCUGAACCCGCAGCCUCUUUUGACAAUAGCAACAACAUGUUCAAGGACUUGGGAAACGGAGAACUUGAUCUAGAGCUGAGGCUAGGACACAGAUCCACUUCAUCAUGACCAUCAUCACCAUCAUAAUAAGAUAGAUAGAAAAGCUUGGAAUGUGAGUCUGAUUUGCUUUCGACUGAUCCGUGUGGAAGAUAGAGAGUGCCAUUAAAUUGUAAGAUACAGUCUAUUUUGAUUGACUUGUGUGUGAAAUUUUUUUGUCUUUUCAAUCAAUGAUGGGCAAGAGUGGCUCUGUAUGAGAGAGAGAGAGGGAGAGAAAGAGAGAAAUUUUAGGUGCCAUGGAAAGUCAAGAGGAGGAAUGUAGAAGAAGAGAUAAGCACCAUGUAAAUUGAAAUAAAUGAUUUAAUUCUUUUUGAAGAAUAAAAGAAAUAUGAUUAGGGUUUGA